CCAACCUCCAAACAUCAACACCAACAAAAAAAUUAAAAAAAAUGACAUGAAAUGAAUCAACUGAGAUGACAUCGUCUUAACCCUUGUUCCCAAUUAAAAUACCCGCGACUUAUCAUGUCAACUUCUUCCAUCACUCCAGUCCGCCGCGCCUUGGGAUGGAACCUUGUUUUUCUCGCCGGAUCUCAAGCUGAAAAAUUCGCUGGCGUCUUUAGUCCUCCUGGCAGCGAUACUCUCACCUAUCGUCACAUUAUCGACGAGUUUCGCCUUUGCUUCGACUUGGCCACUGUAUCAAGAACCACAGACUUUUGGCACGACAUUGCGUUCUUUCAAGCGGGCAUACAAGGCGGGCUUAGGCGGCCGGUUCCGAACAAUGCGACGGGUCGGAUUAUCUCUGGCUCAGGUCUUGAUGCUCCAGUUGAGACUCUGCCAUUUACUGAUGUCUCGGAAAUGAUGUCGACGCCUUCUGUAACGCGUAUGCAUGUAGUCCGACAUAACGAUUGCAACCUUAACGUCUCCGAUCCACUUGAAACGCAUAUUCAAGAGGGAUGCGCACAACAUAUUCCCAUACCAACUCGCCGGAGAGAACCUAGAUAUCUUCCACCCAACAAGUCAUCCAAAGAUCCAAAGUUCACGCAGCUACCAUACCGCAAAACAAUUCGUGCCAAAUCUCAAUCUCCAAGCAAAUCGCCAAAACGGUCUGCUUCCGGCUCGGUAUCGCCAACCAAGGAUAUUCCCGAAGAUGGUGACGUGACUGAACUAAUCACCCCUCCUGGUUUGGAGAUGGACAUCGAGAAUGCCAAGCAACAAAUAUCUUCAUUCCGAUCCUCAUGUCUCAGCAGUAGCCGCGCUUGCGCCGUCACGGGAAAAGGUCGUAGCUGGUUUGGUGAUUCCAUCGUUGGCCCUACAGUUCAGGCAUGCCAUAUCGUUCCUCAACAACAAUAUCAUACAUAUCCCACGCCCCAGGAUCCAAACAUGGAGAAUCCUUACAGUUCUGAACGGCUUCGUCAAGCUUGGCAAUUCACAUGGUCUGUGAAGAACGGUAUACUGCUGCUGAGCCACCUGCACGAGCUGUUCGACGCGCGUCUCUUCUCUAUUCAUCCUGAGACGUUCAAGAUUCGCGUCUUUGUUCCUUAUGAUGUUAUCCUCGAGUACCACGGAAGAGAGGCUGUGAUCAGUUGGGAGGUGGACACUAGGGCACUUCGACAUCAUUACGAUAUGUGCUGCAUUGAGAACAUGACGGCGCAGAUGCCUCCAUGGUCAGAAGACGUGGUUAUUUCACAACCGCAGACACCAUCUGUCAAGUCAGGAGCCAUGUCACCCUUUGAGGCUGGCCCUCAUGUUCCCAGGAUAGCACAUGAUCGAGGGAGAGAGGGCAAGACACCAGAUGAGUCAGGUGAUCCUACCAAGAAGCCGAGACGAGACGAGCCCAAAGAGACUGAUGACAAGUCUGUCCAAUAUGUCUCAUCGACAACAGAUGACUUAUCGGGGAUCUCGAGACGUGAUUCCACCGUUGCUUUGCCAGAUUCAGUAUCAGGCAAGAAUCUCAAACGGACAUUGGAGGAGCAAGGAGAAGUCGACACGAAGCGGCAGCGGGUUCUGCUUGAUGAUGAAUAUAGUGAUUAUGGUAGCGAUGUGGAGCUGCAAACCCGGCUUGGUUACUGGCCUGGCUGUAUCACGCCAGAUAAUAGCCAGGAGUUUUUGUCAGAUGUAAAUUAUUUGUUGCAAAGAUUGAUUCAAUAGUACUUAUAAUACCCUGACCUACAUCUCUAUGGAUUCAUUCACUUUCGCUGAAAGUGGACGUUUCGCAAUGUC